GCUCGGCUGCUCGGUUGAAGUACAACAGUUAUGAACAAUAUCACUAUUUUUGGUCAAGUGGAUGGGGACUUACACCGAACCGUUCGAUUUCUUCAAGAAAGAAAUGUUAAUGUUGUUAUUCGCGAUGAGCGUGACCUUAAUACUAUUCGCAUUCAUGAGGCAAAGGCAAAGGAAAAAGACAAAGCAAUAUCAAAGGAAACAAAAAAAGCUAUUCCUUAUGGCAAAGGAAAGGAAAAUGCACAUCCCAUGGCACACAAUGAUAAUGUGUUAUCAAAAGCUGCAUUGGCCCAACGUGCACGGCGAGAACGUGAAAAAAAUCAAAAACCAUGUUCUGCAUACCAAUUGGGACAACGCCUGUGACAAGAACG